AUGGAUUUCUUAAAUUCAUCGGAUCAAAACUUGACCUCAGAGGAACUGUUAAACAGAAUGCCGUCCAAAAUCCUGGUGUCGCUCACUCUCUCUGGGCUGGCACUGAUGACAACCACUAUCAACUCCCUUGUGAUUGCUGCAAUUAUUGUGACCCGGAAGCUGCACCAUCCAGCCAAUUAUUUAAUUUGCUCCCUUGCAGUCACAGAUUUUCUUGUGGCUGUCCUGGUGAUGCCCUUCAGCAUUGUGUACAUUGUGAGAGAGAGCUGGAUUAUGGGGCAAGUGGUCUGUGACAUCUGGCUGAGUGUGGACAUCACCUGCUGCACGUGUUCCAUCUUGCAUCUCUCAGCUAUAGCUUUGGAUCGGUAUCGAGCAAUCACAGACGCUGUUGAGUAUGCCAGGAAAAGGACUCCGAAGCAUGCUGGCAUUAUGAUUACAGUAGUUUGGAUUAUAUCUGUUUUUAUCUCUAUGCCUCCUCUAUUCUGGAGGCACCAAGGAACUAGCAGAGAUGAUGAAUGCAUCAUCAAGCAUGACCACAUUGUCUCCACCAUUUACUCAACAUUUGGAGCUUUCUACAUCCCACUGGCAUUGAUUUUGAUCCUUUACUACAAAAUAUAUCGAGCAGCAAAGACAUUGUACCACAAGAGACAAGCAAGUAGGAUUGCAAAGGAGGAGGUGAAUGGCCAAGUCCUUUUGGAGAGCAGUGAGAAAAGCACUAAAUCAGUUUCCACACCGUAUGUACUAGAAAAGUCUUUAACUGACCCAUCGACAGACUUUGAUAAAAUUCAUAGCACAGUGAGAAGUCUCAGGUCUGAAUUCAAGCAUGAGAAAUCUUGGAGAAGGCAAAAGAUCUCAGGUACAAGAGAACGGAAAGCAGCCACUACCCUGGGAUUAAUCUUGGGUGCAUUUGUAAUAUGUUGGCUUCCUUUUUUUGUAAAAGAAUUAGUUGUUAAUGUUUGUGAAAAAUGUAAAAUUUCUGAAGAAAUGUCCAAUUUUUUAACAUGGCUUGGAUAUCUCAAUUCCCUUAUAAAUCCACUGAUUUACACAAUCUUUAAUGAAGAUUUCAAGAAAGCAUUCCAAAAACUUGUGCGAUGUCGAUGCUAG